AAGAAUAAAAAUUAUAGUUUUUUUUUUGGUUGCAGGUAUUCCAACAACUCUUGGUGAUUGUUGUCUUCAUUGGUAUUUUUUUAAGCUUAUUUUCGUCAUCCAACGGAUCUAUGUUCAGUAGAAUACAAUUGGGUAAUCAAGUAGAAGUCGAUCCUGAAGAGAUCCAUGUAACAUUCGAUGAUGUAAAAGGCUGUGAUGAAGCUAAACAAGAAUUAAAAGAGGUCGUAGAGUUUCUAAAAAGUCCCGAAAAAUUUUCUAAUCUUGGUGGUAAACUACCGAAAGGUGUUUUACUGGUGGGACCUCCAGGCACCGGAAAAACUUUGCUUGCACGAGCUGUUGCUGGCGAAGCGAAUGUUCCAUUCUUCCAUGCCGCUGGUCCGGAAUUUGACGAGGUACUGGUGGGUCAGGGUGCAAGGCGAGUGCGUGACCUGUUUAAGGCGGCGAAACAGAGGGCACCUUGUGUUAUUUUUAUUGACGAAAUCGAUUCAGUUGGAGCAAAACGAACAAAUUCAGUAUUGCAUCCAUAUGCGAACCAGACGAUUAAUCAAUUAUUGGCUGAAAUGGACGGCUUUCAUCAGAAUACUGGUGUAAUCGUACUAGGUGCUACAAACAGACGCGAUGAUCUAGAUCAAGCAUUGCUACGACCAGGUCGUUUUGACGUCGAGGUUGUGGUUUCCACGCCGGAUUUUACUGGCCGAAAAGAGAUACUUUCAUUGUAUUUGACAAAAAUUCUUCACGAUGAAAUUGACUUAGACAUGUUGGCCAGAGGUACAUCAGGGUUUACAGGAGCAGACUUGGAGAACAUGAUCAAUCAAGCUGCUUUGAGGGCCGCUAUCGAUGGCGCCGAAACCGUUACGAUGAAGCAUUUAGAAAGUGCGCGAGAUAAAGUUCUCAUGGGUCCCGAAAGAAAAGCUCGCCUUCCGGACGAAGAAGCAAAUCUCAUAACAGCCUACCAUGAAGGUGGGCAUGCCAUUGUCGCUUAUUAUACCAAGGAGUCACAUCCGUUACAUAAAGUUACAAUUAUGCCACGCGGUCCUUCCCUGGGACACACUGCUUAUAUACCUGAAAAAGAACGAUAUCAUGUGACCAAAGCACAGCUCUUAGCUAUGAUGGAUACAAUGAUGGGUGGACGUGCUGCCGAGGAGUUAAUAUUUGGCACAGAGAAAAUCACAUCAGGCGCGAGUAGUGACUUAAAACAAGCUACGUCCAUAGCUACUCAUAUGGUGAAGGAUUGGGGUAUGUCAGAGAGAGUGGGUCUUCGUACAUUCGACAAUUCGAAAGGACUUGUUGCAGCAGAAUCUCUGGGUCCAAACACAGUGGAAAUUGUUGACGCUGAAAUAAAGCGCAUUUUGAAUGAAAGCUACGAACGCGCAAAAGCGAUAUUAAAAAAACACACCAAAGAGCAUAAGGCUCUUGCUGAAGCGUUGCUGAAGUAUGAAACUCUUGACGCAGAAGACAUAAAGGCUAUAAUGAAUGAUUCGCGUUAGCUGGGAAAGGUAUAGAUAUAUUACGAAGUAACAUAUUCGGUAAACAUUUUAAUAAAUAACGGUAAAUAAAGACUUAUGCUUUUAAGCCAGAAACAAAAAAAUAUUAAA